AUCAUCCACUGUGGCAUGUGUGUUGCAAUGUUGAGGCAGCAGGAUGCAGAUUGCUGUUCAAGUUGUCCAGUGGGGUCCCUGAAAGGGACAACUUUGAAAGACAGCUCCUGAAGGAUAAGAAAUAGGAGGAGUUACAGUACCUGACUUGGGGCUGCUCUUAAUCAAGUGCUGCGCAGCAGGGAAGAUAAUUUUCGAGCAUUAUGAAGGCGAAGAAGGAUCCCGAAGAUGACGAAAAUAUCGUUAGAGACCCAAGCUAAGUGUAGCACAGCAUGUGAGGGACUGAGUCACUUGUUAGGAGUUUGUCUGAGGACUUGCUUUGUGAGCUACAGAGAUUUGUAACUUAAUGCAAAGUAGUUUGCUGUUAGCCACAAGAGACUAAAUCGUGUCUAUGAUGAACUGUUGGUUUUCUUGUGCUCCGGAUAACAGACAUGCAGCAGAUUGGAACAAAUAUGAUGACCGACUGAUGAAAGCAGCAGAAAGGGGGGAUGUAGAAAAAGUGUCCUCAAUCCUUGCUAAAAAGGGGGUCAGUCCCGUCAAACUAGAUGUGGAAGGCAGAUCUGCCUUCCAUGUUGUUGCCUCAAAGGGAAAUCUUGAGUGUUUGAAUGCCAUCCUUAUACAUGGAGUUGAUAUUACAACCAGUGACACUGCAGGGAGAAAUGCUCUUCACCUGGCUGCUAAGUAUGGACAUGCAUUAUGCCUACAAAAACUUUUACAGUACAAUUGUCCCACUGAACAUGCAGACCUGCAGGGAAGAACUGCACUUCAUGAUGCAGCAAUGGCAGACUGUCCUUCUAGCAUACAGCUGCUUUGCGACCAUGGGGCCUCUGUGAAUGCCAAAGAUGUAGAUGGGCGAACACCACUUGUUCUGGCUACUCAGAUGUGUAGGCCAACAAUAUGUCAGCUGCUGAUUGAUAGAGGAGCGGAUAUUAAUUCCAGAGACAAACAAAACAGAACUGCUCUCAUGCUAGGUUGUGAGUAUGGCUGCAGAGAUGCGGUAGAAGUCUUAAUCAAAAAUGGUGCCGAUGUAAGCUUGCUGGAUGCCCUUGGCCACGAUAGUUCUUACUAUGCAAGAAUUGGUGACAAUCUGGACAUUCUAACCUUAUUGAAGACUGCAUUGGAAAAUACUAACAAAGGGAGAGAACUUUGGAAGAAAGGACCAUCUUUGCAACAGCGAAAUUUGACACACAUGCAGGAUGAAGUAAACAUGAAAUCAAAUCAGAGGGAGCAUCAAAAUAUUCAGGAUCUGGAGAUUGAAAAUGAAGAUUUGAAAGAGAGGUUGAGAAAAAUUCAGCAAGAACAAAGAAUACUAUUGGAUAAAGUCAAUGGUUUACAAUUACAGCUGAAUGAGGAAGUAAUGGUUGCUGAUGAUCUUGAAAGUGAGAGAGAAAAACUGAAGUCCCUUUUGGCAGCUAAAGAAAAGCAACAUGAGGAAAGCUUAAGAACUAUUGAGGCUCUGAAAAAUAGAUUUAAAUAUUUUGAGAGUGAUCAUUUAGGAUCAGGAAGUCAUUUCAGUAAUCGGAAAGAAGAUAUGCUUCUCAAACAAGGUCAAAUGUACAUGACAGACUCACAGUGUACUUUCACAGGUAUGCCAGCUCAUAUGCAAAGCAGAUCUAUGUUAAGACCAUUGGAGCUAUCUCUACCCAGUCAAACCUCAUACUCUGAAAAUGAAAUUUUAAAGAAAGAGUUAGAAGCAAUGCGGACUUUCUGUGAUUCAGCAAAACAAGACCGACUCAAGCUCCAGAAUGAACUGGCUCACAAGGUGGCAGAGUGCAAAGCUUUAGCGUUAGAAUGUGAAAGGGUGAAAGAGGAUUCAGAUGAACAGAUAAAGCAAUUAGAAGAUGCAUUAAAAGAUGUGCAGAAGAGGAUGUAUGAGUCAGAAGGGAAAGUUAAACAAAUGCAGACUCAUUUUCUUGCCCUUAAAGAGCACCUAACAAGUGAAGCAGCUACAGGGAAUCACAGACUAACAGAGGAACUGAAGGAUCAGUUGAAAGACAUGAAAGCAAAAUAUGAAGGUGCUUCAGCAGAAGUGGGAAAAUUAAGAAACCAAAUCGAGCAAAAUGAGAUGUUAGCAGAAGAGUUUAAGAGGGAUGAAGGCAAGCUGAUAGAAGAAAAUAAACGAUUGCAGAAGGAAUUUAGUAUGUGUGAAAUGGAGCGAGAGAAGAAAGGAAGAAAGGUCAUGGAGAUGGAAGGCCAGUUAAAAGAACUGUUAGCAAAAUUGGCCUUUUCUAUUCCAACGGAAAAGUUUGAAAACAUGAAGAGCUUAUUAUCAAAUGAAGUUAAUGAGAAAGCAAAAAAGUUAGUAGAGACGGAAAGAGAAUAUGAAAAAUCAGUUAGUGAAAUUAGACAGUUAAGGAGAGACCUUGAGAAUGUUAAGGCCAAGCUUGCUCAGCAUGUCAAACCAGAGGAACAUGAACAGCUCAAGGGCAAAUUGGAGCAAAAAUCAGGGGAACUUGGGAAGAAGGUCACUGAGUUAACACUGAAAAAUCAGACGUUACAAAAAGAGAUAGAAAAGGUUUCCCUGGAUAAUAAGCUCCUCAACCAGCAAGUACAUAACUUAACAAUUGAAAUGAAAAAUCAUUAUGUUCCUUUAAAAGUAAAUGAAGAAAUGAAAAAGUCACAUGAUGUAAUUAUUGAUGAUUUGAAUAAAAAGCUUGUAGAUGUAACACAAAAAUACUCAGAAAAGAAGUUGGAAAUGGAGAAAUUGCUGAUGGAAAAUGACAGCUUAAGUAGGAAUGUCAACCGCCUGGAAACUGUGUUUGUACCUCCUGAGAAACAUGAAAAAGAGAUAAUGGCUCUGAAAUCCAAUAUUGUUGAACAUAAAAAACAGCUAUCUGAACUUAAUAAAAAAUGUGGUGAAGACCAAGAGAAAAUAUAUGAACUUAUGUCUGAAAACACUAACUUGAAAAAGACUAUGAGUAAUCAGUAUAUGCCAGUUAAAACCCACGAAGAGAUUAAAACUGCACUGACUAACACAUUAGAUAAAACUAACAGAGAAUUAUUGGAUAUGAAGAAAAAUUUUGAAAAUAUAAAUCAAGAAUUUAUAAAAAUAAAAGAUGAGAAUGAAAUAUUAAAAAGAAACCUGGAAAACACUCAGAACCAAAUAAAGGCUGAGUACAUCAGCCUAGAAGAGCACAAGGAAAAGAUGAGUGCUGUAAGUAAGAGCAUGAAAAAGGUACAGGAUAAUAAUGCUGAGAUACUGGCUGAUUACAAAAAAGGCCAAGAAGAGAUCGUGACACUGCAUGCUGAAAUUAAAGCCCAGAAGAAGGAGCUUGACACAAUACAAGAAUGCAUUAAGCUAAAAUAUGCUCCAAUUGACAGCUUUGAAGAGUAUGAGAGAAAAUUUAAAGCAACAGAGAAAGAACUGAAAGAACAGUUAUCAGAGCAGACACAAAAGUAUAGUGUCAGGGAAGAAGAAGCCAAGAAAAGCAAGCAAGAAAAUGACAAGUUAAAGAAGGAGAUCGCCACAUUUCAGAAAGAUUUAAAGGAUAAGAAUGUUCUCAUUGAGCAUUUUCAUGAAAAGGAAAGAGCAUUAAGCAGAAAAACAGAAGAGCUAAACAAGCAGUUAAGAGACCUGACACAGAAGUACACUGAAGUAAAGAAUGAGAAAGAGAAGCUAGUAGAAGAAAAUGCCAAACAGACUUCUGAGAUACUUGCAGCACGGAAUCUUUUGCAGAAACAGCAUGUUCCAUUGGAACAGGUUGAGGCUCUGAAAAAGUCUCUUAAUGGCACAAUCGAGAGUCUAAAGGAAGAACUGAAGAAUAAACAAAGGUGUUAUGAGAAAGAGCAGCAGACAGUGACCAAACUGCAUCAAUUGUUGGAGAAUCAAAAGAAUUCUUCUGUGCCCCUGGCAGAGCAUUUGCAGAUUAAGGAGGCAUUUGAGAAAGAAGUUGGAAUCAUGAAAGCUAGCUUAAGAGAAAAGGAAGAAGAAAGCCAAAACAAAACUGAAGAAGUCUCCAAACUUCAGUUUGAGGUUCAGAAUACUAAACAAGCAUUAAAAAAAUUAGAGACUAGAGAGGUAGUUGAUUUGUCUAAGUAUAAAGCAACAAAAAGUGAUCUGGAGACACAGAUUUCCAAUUUAAAUGAAAAAUUGGCUAAUCUGAAUAGGAAGUACGAGGAAGUAUGUGAGGAGGCUCUGCAUGCCAAAAAGAAGGAACUGUCUACAAAAGAUGAGAAGGAAUUACUACAUUUCAGCAUUGAGCAAGAAAUCAAGGAUCAGAAGGAACGAUGUGAUAAGUCCCUAACAACAAUCACAGAGUUACAGAGAAGAAUACAAGAAUCUGCUAAACAAAUAGAAGCGAAAGAUAAUAAGAUAACUGAGCUGCUUAAUGAUGUAGAACGACUAAAACAGGCACUCAAUGGCCUUUCCCAACUCACCUACACAAGCGGGAGCCCCACCAAGAGGCAGAGCCAACUGAUUGACACUCUUCAGAACCAAGUGAAAUCCCUGCAGCAGCAGCUGGCUGAUGCUGACAAACAGCACCAAGAAGUAAUUGCAAUUUAUCGGACACACCUUCUUAGUGCUGCACAGGGUCACAUGGAUGAAGAUGUUCAGGCAGCCUUACUCCAAAUCAUACAAAUGCGGCAGGGGCUUGUGUGCUAGCAAUUAGCACUGACCAGCCAAUCUCCAUUUUAUCCUGCUGGUGCUGAGUAUUCUGUGUGCAACUCUAUGGCCUUUCUGGGCCUUACUGUGCUAGUAUAACUAAAAUAAAAUAUAUUUUGUUCCAUCAGUAGGUUUUUUUAAUUA